GCCAAUUUUCCUAGAUCGAUCCUUACCAGAGCGGACCUGAUACAGUAGCCGGAGUUUCUGAACCUCGACUGGAUCCUCAACCCCAGAGCUAACUUAAAGGGAAUUUUCUUUCGGACUUCAACCAAACUAGGGGGAGGUCCAUGGAAGCUGGGAAUAGGAGAAACUUACCCGACCCCAUCAAGGUAUCAUGUGGAUGUGUAUUCUCCAGAAGAAGCCCUUCUUAUAUGUGAAUAUCCAUCUGUUUCCAAGACUAGCAAGAGAUCACACCUGUAACCUGAUGGCUCAGAGGCGAAAUAAGACCUCAGUCCUGGAGAACUCCUGGAUGCUGUGUACCACACAGUUUAGGGGAAUGGCUGACGGCGCCACUUCUUCCGGCUCAAAGAGUAGAAAAUCCAAGCGCAAUUGGUCCUUUCCGGUGUUAGAUGGAAGUAUUCAUCCAGAACAGACAGAUUCAAUUGAAGCAAACUUGAGAAAUAGCGAAGCUUGUAUUCAGAGAUAUUUAGAGUUGCUUGGAAAGGUCUGCCAAAGAGAAGAAAGGAAUAUCCUAAGACAUACGCGAGACAACCGCAAGCUGCUGGUCCGUGACCGUCUCAGACUGGUUCUGGAUAACGAUGAGGACUUCUUUGAGCUCUCCCCACUGGCUGGCUAUGAUUUACCCUAUGGCACAAUCGCAAAUGCUGGCUGUCUCACUGGAAUUGGGAAAAUAUGUGGAGUUUGGUGCAUGUUACUUGCCAAUGAUGCCACAGUGAAGGGAGGAACCUUAUACCCUAUCACCGUGAAGAAACAACUCCGUGCUCAACAUAUUGCAAUUAUGAACCGUUUGCCAACUGUGUAUUUGGUGGAUAGCGGAGGAGCAUUCCUGCCUCUACAGGCAGAGAUUUUCCCAGAUCAGUGCCAUGGUGGAAGGGUUUUCUACAAUAUAGUGCUCAUGUCCUCUAUGAAGAUUCCUCAGGUGGCAGUGGUGUGUGGCUCUUGCAUUGCCGGGGCUGCCUAUUAUCCUAGUUUAGCAGAUGAAUCUAUAAUCAUAGACAACAUUGGCUCCCUAUUUCUUGCUGGACCUCCUCUGGUAAAAGCUGCUACAGGAGAAGACAUUUCUGUUGAAGAACUAGGAGGAGCCACUGUGCAUUCUCGACUCAGUGGCGGUGUUGAUUAUCUUACAUCUACAGAGGAAGAAGCCUAUGAAUGUGUUCGUAAUGUUGUGAUGACCUUCAAUUGUGGACAGUGCCCUGAAGACUCUGUGGAGUAUGAUGAGCCCUUAUACAGCCCAGAAGAGCUGAAACACCUGGCCCCAAAGAAUUAUGAAUGUAGUCUAGAUGUGAAACUGAUUCUGAGUCGUUUGAUUGAUGGGAGUCGAUUCCAGGAAUUUAAAGCUGAAUAUGGAACAACUUUGGUAACAGGUUUUGCUCAUGUGAAAGGGCAUCUAAUUGGCCUGGUGGCGAACAAUGGGGAGCUAACCUACCAGGCCUCCCUCAAAGGUAGCAACUUUGUGAAUCUGUGCAGUCACCGGAACAUCCCCAUCCUGUUUCUCCUGAACACUGUUCCAAAAACAUCUCAGUGCACAAGCCUUGCACAGGCAGAAGAUCUAGGCAGAAGAUUCAAGGCCCAGGCCUGUAUGAUGGCCACCAUUGCUUGUGCAGAAGUUCCCAAGAUAACUCUGGUCAUUGGUGGCUGUUUUGGAAAUGACAGCUAUGCCAUGUGUGGAAGAUCAUUCGACCCUAAUUUCUUGUUCCUGUGGCCCAAUGCAAGAGUUGCUCUUGUUGAUUGUAGAUCUCUAUUUGCUGACUUUCUGGAAGAAGAUGAGAACUUCUACAUGGACAAAUCCACAUUAAAGAAUCUGGAGAAAAAACUGGAGAAUGAAAGCACAGCAUUUUAUUCCUCAGCCAGACUGUGGGAUGAUGGAGUGAUACUGCCCCAGAAUUCCAGAGAGGUGAUUGCGAAGUGCUUAGCGAUCAUCAAACAGAAGGAGAGCCAGACUCUCACCCAUCAGCAGCAGCCCAUUCUCCGGAUGUAAUUAGAAGUGACUGUUACGCAUAUGAAAUGCUUUGCAAACAAUGGCUUCAGGGACUUUUGUUUUUUACAACCACAAGACUGGAUUGGUGUUGAUUUACCGAAACUGAACAAAUCGAGCAAAACUCAGAAACAGAAGCUUACUAAGAAUGCUAAAUCAUUAAUCUUCAAGUGCCUCAGUUUCUCCACUACUGUAAGAAGCAUGGGCAUACUGGAUGGUUUCCUAGCAAAGGAAGAGUAUUUUGGUGGGGAAAGGGUUGGGCUUAGAUCCCUGAGGACCUGGGUUUGAUUCCUGACUCUGACACUUACUAGUAGUGUGACCCUAGUGAAUUCUUCAGCUUUUUAGGCAUCUGUUUCACCAUCUGUAUGAUGGGGACACUGGCUGAUGAGGUCUUGGUCCUCAGAGUAUGUGCAAUAUGACUUGGUGAGCCUGUCUGUAGAAAUGUGUGAUGGGGGGCCUUCUCCCUCCAUGAUUCAAAGCAUGUGAAGGUGCCUUCUGUUUCUUGUCAUCUUGUUGGGUGGUCAUGGAAAUGCUUUUCAUUGGUUGCUAAGCUAGAAACGAGCAUGUAUACAAAGGCUGGAAUAGAAAAUGGAUGAAUUCUCUCUUUUCUGGU